AUUUGGAUUAGGAAUGGAAUAGAGACCUAAGAGUAGAGACGAGAGUAGGAAGGUUAUGUUGUCUUGUUUUAUUAUUUGGCAUUUAUUCUGCGUAUUUGGGUAAUUGUAUUUAUUGUUUGUAAAUCGUUUUCGUGAUGAGACAAGUCGCCAUAAACAAAGUUAAAGUUCGUAAAUAACAAUGUUCAUUCCUUAUUAAUUUUAACACUAUCAUGUUUCUACAUGUUCUGUUAUAAAAAACCUUAAAAUAAUAUUAAGGUGCUAUUGUCUGGUUUAGCUUUCUAGUCUUAUUGGCCAUUUAUUGGUACAAAUAAUAUGCUGAUGGUUUUGUAAUAUUUAGUUAUUUGUUUUUUCUGAUGCUUACUUGUUCAUUGUAAUUCAAUACCGUAUACAAAACAUCAAGCCCCUAGCCAGGCAUUCCCAUUAUCGAGAUGUCAAAGAAUCCAAAAGAUAAGCUGACUCUUGAAAAGCUGAAGCAGUUUUUCCGUGCCAACAGAGGAGGAGGAGCUGGCUACAGACUUCCCGAGGCAUUUGUCCUUGGGGGUGAGGUUGAGCGGGAGAUCAGCCCAGAGACUCCGUUGCCACAGCGGGCCAAAGUCAUUAAGGACCUGUGCGAGGUCAUCCUCAACCAUCAUGUAGAAGAGGAGUCAAUGAAGAAGAUGUGGCACUGUGUGAAGGAUUUGCUACAAGACAACAUGAUGCGAGAAUACCGUCACCUAGGAUUUUACUUUCUGCGUUGUCUGGUACAGGGACAGAAUGAGCGGCUAGGUAUGGCCAGGGUCCACUAUUUCCAGCUUGUCAAGAACCACAAGAACCCAGAAGAUGUGGGUCCAAGGCUGGAACUGCUGACAGCACUGUUGGAAGGUGGCCGGAACAUUGAAUACCUAGAGGAGGAGGUGGCCAGGUUUAUGGUUGAGUGGAUCGGUGAAAUAGCUAUGGCUGACAAAGAGAUAGACUUCUUGCAGAUGCUGGUGAACUUGAUAAAGUACAACGCAGCCUAUAUCGAUGAGGAUAUAAUGCAUUAUAUUGUUCACAAUAUCAGCAUAAUGGCCAUGAAGUGUCCAGAUACUAACGUAGUCACAUUAUGCCUCCAAGUGCUGGAAAAUAUAGUGUGUUACAGCACUCUGCCCUCGCAGUCAGUCGAGAUAUACAUCUGCUGCCUGUGUCGCACUGUCAAUAAGGAGGCCUACUGUAUGCAAAGUUGGAAGAUAAUGCGAAACUUUCUGGGCACCCACAUGGGCCACUGUGGUAUCUACACAAUGGUAAGUAUGCUGCAAAGGGAGUCACUUCGCAGUGAUGCUAGCCUGCUGCGCGGUGCAGUCUUCCACAUCACAUUUGCCCUCUGGAGCUGCAAACGAAUAGAUAAACUUGCUUCUAAGUGCACUUACUCCAGUGUACUGCCUGCAUUCUUGUCCGCAGCGAAGUCAGGUCACGUAACAGUGGUUUUCGAGGUGGUACAGGCUAUGCACAGAGUUGUAACGAAGUAUGGACUACAACUAGUCGACGCCUGGUGGUCCAUCAUAGUCUGUGUGCUUGAAGCUGUCAUCAGUCAAAUUGAGACGACACCUUGUGAUCCGAUAAUACCGCUCAUCACAACUCAUCUGCACGAGACCCUGUGUACCAUCGAGACCAUGAUAGAGCUGGGCCAGUUUACUGGCUCAGUGCGGGCAGUAUUCCAGCUGAUAGAUCGCUGCUCAUCCAUCCGCCCGGAGAGUUCUGUGAUGCGACUCAUUAAUUACCUAUCAGGUUCUGUGGUAUCCGCCCAAGCGAACUGGCUGGGCAAACUCCACUCCAUACUUGACAGAUAUCUACACCAAGAAACCAGGACUAACAUACGUCUUAGAGCAUUGGAAGUUCUCUCUAAUGUCUUUCAAGAAAAUAGAUUACACUUUGAAGAAGAGCUGAUUGAUCAAGUCGUGUUGCCGCACUUGGAGCGUGUAGACGAGGAGCGUGAUAUGGCAGUGCGCAAUGCUGAGGCUGCCUUAGUUGUUGACGUGUGUGUAGGAUCCGUUGCAGACAACAAACACUUCAUGGAACUACUGGACAUUCUAGAUAAGAUAUUGUCAAGUGCGUUUGAAAUGUAUGACUCACCAAAGACAGAGGCAGAGGUCCAGGAUGUAAAGACUGCAGUGGAAGGAGUGAUCAGGAUCUUCACGUCUGCCAUGCAUCACGUGCCCUCUGCCCACGCGGUACGUGCGUUCAACAUGCUUGUCUCACAUCUGGAGAUGCAUUACGCCAAGCCUAUUAUCUUCGACAGUGUCAUAUCCAUCCGCGUCAAGAUAUUGGAGUGCUUCAUGCGACUACGGGUGGAUGGCAACUACCGCCUAGGCUAUCCAGUGUCCCAGUCUGGUCAGACUGGUCCUAUACGCUACAGUCACUAUCUGCUGGUAGAGCACUCUCCCCCACCUGCCACUCCCCCUGUCCCUCUCCCUGUCACCCCUGCUCCUCUUACCUAUCCUGCACCUGAAGUCACCUAUCUAUCCCUCUCCCCUGCCUGCCUCGCCUACAUUACCUGCCUCCGUCGAGAACUGGAUUGGAGAGUGCUCCAGCCGAUGAUACAAGGAGUGGCACAAAUAGUGCAGCACAAGGCCCUUAUACUCUCCAAGCACAACAGUGACAUUGACUACUUGACAAGUACACUUUGCGCUAUGGUUAGUGACAAGACUAUGUGUGCACCUGACCUGUUACGCAACACACAAGGAAAACUGACACGUUCGGACAUGCAGGGCUACAUAUUUCCUGUGUUGGCUACCCUGGCCUCGUAUCACGCACGGAUAGAAUUUAGCCUGCAGCAGCGGCUCAUAAAGUGCCUAGAAUAUGGUUUAGCCUCACGAUCAGUCCGUCAGUGUGUGUUGGCCCUCACCUCUUGUGUCCUAGAGAUGAGAGACGCAAUGGUCAAACUGCUUCCAGAAGUACUCCUAAAUCUCUCCAAGAUCUCAGCCACCGUCUCCACUUCCAUUCCAAUCCUAGAGUUUCUCUCCACACUAACCCGGUUGCCGAAGCUCUACGCCAACUUCGUCGGAGACCAAUACAUGGCAGUGUUUGCAAUAGCACUACCAUACACUAGUCCCUUUAAGUACAACCAUUACACUGUUUCUCUGGCUCACCAUGUCAUCGCCGUCUGGUUCCUCAAGUGUCGACUUUCCUUUCGCAAGGACUUUGUCAAGUUCAUGAUAAUGGGCUUGAAGGCCAAUGUUUUGCUUCCCUUUGAGGACAAGCAAUUGAGGCGUCCAAUGAACUUGGUAAACGAAGAUUCAUCUAACCGGAAACGCAGUUCGAGUCUUACAGAGCAGGGCAGCAGACGGCUUCAGCCAGCAGUGCCAACUACAAGUUCUGGAGCUCGGUUGAUGGAUUUGAAGCCACCGAUAAAUGAGUCGCUAAUGCAGUUCCAUCUAGAGCUCACAGAGACUUGUAUUGACCUUAUGUCCCGGUACACUUAUACCACAUGCUCUGGUCCUCCUAGAAGGACCGCGAUGGACCAGUUCCUGUUCAACGAAAGUCAGAGCGGCACAUGGUUGAUGGGUAACCGAUUAAUAACUGUGACAACCAGUGGUUGUGGGCAGAAACCCCUCAAGAACAGCUUGUGUGAUAAGUGUUACCAGACCUGCCGGCUGGAGAAAG